ACAGCUCACAAUGCAUCCCUGGGCUGCAGCCGCGUCGUGGCUGCUUUUUCUGGCAGCCAAUGGCACCACGAAGCUCGACUGUUUCUGCACGCACGUCGGCGACGUCUAUUACCAGGGCGGUGGUCUACGCUUACAGUAUGAUGGCGAAGAAAACUUAUGGUUGACCUACUGUGUAUAUCCGAGAGCUUACAAGCUGGAGUCGACGUGCGAGAACGUGGAGCGGCUGUCGGCGGCGGCGCCGGCCGUGGCGCGCCUGCUGCAGCUGCAGAGCCCCGCAGAGGAGAGGGCGCGGCGCUGCGCCGGCGCUCUGGAGGUGGUCCGCGCGUUCUCGGGAGGGGCGGCCCGAGAAUUCUCCGUCCAGCAGUGGUGCCUCAUCGCAGACCACCUGGUCGGCUCCAGCUCUGUGGUGAGGUUGGACGAUACGGAUUGGAACGAAGAAACUCUCGUGACGGAUCACCUGAGGCGUCCUGUUCUCUCGCAGUUACUGCGCGCUCUUCGCCAUAUCAUGAAAGCUGUAAGCGCCAGGAGAGGAUGUGCCGACCAGCACGACUGGAAUUUUCGCCAGCGGCACCUGAACAAAAGUGUUGAGAACCUGAAAGCGAACCGGCUAAACUCUUACGAGACAGCGGGAGCAGCGAGGAGGAGGACUAGUUGUAAACCGGUGGGUUUCCCAGCAGGACACACUGUCAGCCGGGCCACUUCGGGAGCGCAGUCGACAACAAAAGAAGGGUACGCGGCAAACACUUCCCUUGCACCUGGAGCUAAUGGGCGGCCGCACCAGUGCGACCCUUCGUGGAGGCGAUGACCUGAGAUGGGCCACCGCGCGGAAAUCCAUCUGCUGGCAACGCACCACACGCACGCGACCGUGGCGAGACGGGAGCGGUGAAACGACAGAAGACAGGGGAUAAAGGGGCGUGGAGCCUUUUGACACAUACUGUUCAGAGAAACUGCAGACUUCAACGACGCUUAUCAACAUUUCCUGGUGGAUGCCCACUGACAAGCGACAGUAAAUCAUAGUUCCAUGUUCUCUGGUAGCUAAGAGUGGCACAAAGAAGAGCCAUUGUCACCCUUGCCCAGGAAUAUCAACCUGGCGUGUCAAACGAGGAUACCGCACGAAUUUCACAACACAAACAUGGAACCAAAUCGAGAUGUAGGUGACACGGGCCACCAAGAGAAACUUCAUGAGAGGGCAGAGAAGGCGGUAUUGCGACAAAAAAAUCCCUACUGACAGCUGCGGUGACGAACCUCCCCUCCCCUUAUAUUGUGCCUCGGAACAGUGGAACUACUGAGUGUGUCAGUGAACAGUGUUUACACGGUUCUUAGUCCAAUGCAUACACGUCUGUUCUGUCAGAGAAACUUUGACUCGUGUGUUUUGCAGGGGUUCGAUUUAUUGGUGUUUAUUAGACUGACUCUUGUAUUUUGCAGGUGUUCUAUUUUUUUUAGACUUUGACUUUUGUAUUUUGCAGGUGUUUCAUUUAUUGGUGGUUUUUUUUAGACGUUGACUACUGUACUUUCAGAGCUGUUUUAUUUCUCAAUGUUUGUUUUGUGUGUUGUAUUAGAUCUGCGAUAUUUUGUUUCGUAAAUUCAUUCCUAUGGGAUUGGUUCGUUUAUCAGUCAGAUAGCUAUUCAUGCUCAUUGGACAGUGAUCGAUCAGCCUUUGCAUGGGGCAUAUUUAUAGUGAGGAACCCCUUAAGGGUAACAAUCACAUAAUUAAUUGUAGUUUCAGUAUAAUGACACAGUGAUCACUGUUUGAUAACUAACUGAAAUAUAGUAGAGUGAUUAAAUUAGUGCCACAAA